GACAGCGCCUCCGGCUCGCUCGCGCGCGGGGGCGGAGUCCGGGCGGGGCCGGCGCCUCCGUGUCUCCCCAGAGGGUCUUGUGCAGUCGCCGAGCAGGCCGUUACCCCGGCAACCAGCGGUGCUCCAACCCUCCGGAGCAGAGCCAGCCGUCUCCCAGGGCAACUCCGUGCGCUUGUCUCACGCCCUCCUGCUCCUACUUCCGACGAAGUGUCAAAGACGGGAAGGAGGGUCAAAAGGCUUCAAAGGAUGCCUGGCUUGAGAGUGGGCGUCUAGGACCCCUUGGUGCUUGGGAAAAGAGGACUGUAGGACGCCCUCACCAUGUUUCCAGAGCCUCCAACCUCGGGGCCUCCACCUACUGACGGGCCUCCCGACUCCAGCCGCAUCAGCCAAGGCCCUGUGCCCCCCUGGGCCCUGGCCACGAUCGUGCUGGUCUCUGGCCUCUUCGCCUUCAGCUGCUGCUUCUGUCUCUACCGGAGGCGUUGUCGGAGGAGGUCUGGCAAGAAGAUACAGGCUCAAGCCCAGCUCCACCUGCAAGAAGUGAAGGAGUUGGGGCGGAGUUAUAUAGACAAGGUGCAGCCAGAAGUAGAGGAGCUGGAUCCAGCACUCCCGGGGCCAGGGCAACAGGUGGCUGAGAAGCAUGAUCUAGGGCGGCUGCAGUACUCGCUGGAUUAUGAUUUCCAAAGUGGCCAGCUGCUGGUGGGCAUCCUCCAGGCCGAGGGGCUGGCUGCCUUGGACUUGGGUGGUUCCUCAGACCCCUACGUGUCCGUCUACCUGCUGCCCGACAAACGGAGGCGAUAUGAGACCAAGGUGCACCGGCAGACGCUGAACCCACACUUCGGAGAGAACUUUGCCUUCAAGGUCCCGUACGUGGAGCUGGGGGGCAGAGUGCUCGUCAUGGCGGUGUACGACUUUGACCGCUUCUCCCGCAACGACGCCAUCGGCGAGGUGCGGGUCCCUAUGAGCUCCGUGGACUUGGGGCGGCCAGUGCUGGCCUGGAGGGAGCUGCAGGCGGCUCCGCGAGAGGAGGUGAAUCCAUAUGUCAAGGUGCACUUGCUCCAGGGAGGCAAGAAGGUGAGGAAGAAGAAAACUACCAUCAAGAAGAACACCCUGAACCCCUAUUACAACGAGGCCUUCAGCUUCGAGGUACCCUGUGACCAGGUCCAGAAGGUGCAAGUGGAGCUGACCGUGCUGGACUACGACAAGCUGGGCAAGAACGAGGCCAUCGGGAGGGUGGCGGUGGGGGCGGCGGUUGGCGGCGCUGGCCUGCGGCACUGGGCGGACAUGCUGGCCAAUCCCCGGCGGCCCAUUGCCCAGUGGCACUCUCUGAGGUCCCCUGACCGAGUGAGACCACCGCCUGCACCCUGAGCGCCACCCCCAGGCCCCUGGCCAAACCCGGACUCAGGCCACUGGACCCAAGACUUCUGACCCACCGGGCCCAAGUCAAAUCCACUGCCUUCUCCAAGCCUUCUCUGCCACUAGCCCUGCCCCUGCCCUACACUCUGAUCCACUCCUGCCCUCUCCCCCUCCCCCUCCAUUAUGCCAAUCAUGAUAACUUGCCAACUUUGCACCCAUGUACACACCUACAAGUCCCAGGGACCCCCGGUGGGUGGGGGGAGGGGAGCUGCCAGGCCUCCCCCUGCCCCAGGGGUCCCCCCUUCUGCUUUGACAAUCAGUGGUCACCACCCUCUGCAGGUCCCUUCCCCUCUACAGGAUCGCACACGCCAGGGUUCCCAACCUGAUCUCACACUCCCCCUGGGUUCAAAUAAAUGCUCAGUAGCUGCGGUGACCUGGCCCUUGGCUCCUUGGGGGGAGUCGGCAAGAACUGGGACCCCAGAAACCUCUGUCUCUGGUCUCUGAAAUCUGCCUGAUCGAACUGCCACCAACCGUGUUGUAGCGCAAUUGUGGAGCUCUGUGCUGGUGGUGGUGGUGGCAGCGAGGAGUCUGUCCGGAGUGCUAUCAACCCCAUGUCCCACGGGACAAAACGCUGUCCGGCUCUGGGCCACCGCACAGCGCUUGCCAAGGUUGGCGUCACCGCGUCCGGCCAUCUCAGAUCACGGCGGGCCUUCCUCUCUUUCGCCGACCCUCUCCUUGACCGGGCGUGAUGCCCUCUCCAGGGAACGGCCUCUCCUGAGACCAAGCCGCGCCAUCCCUCCUCUGAGCAGCCUCCUGGCCGCGCUCCCUCGAAGACGGCUUUGAGUGUUCUUGGGGGCAGCCCAUGGUACCUUCAGUAUUCUUCGCCUGCGCCGCAAUGUAGACCCAUCCGAUUCUUUCCCAGUCUUCCUUAUUCCGUGUCCAACGUUCACGCACAUCUGAGGCGACUGGGAGCACCACGGCUUGAGCCCGGCCCGGGCAUCUUAGUCUUCAACGUGUCAUCGCUGCCCUUGACCGCUUUCAAGAGGGCGGGGCAGUCGGUGUGCCCAACGUGACAGCUGGUCGCUGUCGGGCUUCCUGACUGCUGCUUCUGAGCGCUGACGGUGGAUUGUGGAUCCAAAUCCAGUUCUACUUGGAUUUCUGGAAGCGGUUGUCCUUACUCACUGGGUGCCACGGAGUGGGCGGCCCCCUCUCUGUACAGCAGAACGCCCACCCCUGCGUCAUUCUCACAAUUGUUCUUGUUUGAGCCCACCGUCGCAGCCACUGUCUGCAUCCACCUCACUGAAGGUCUUCCUCUUUCGCCGCUGGGGGCUAGACCUCCAAAAUCCGAGGAA